UGGGACCCUCUCCCAAGAAACAGUACAAUGAGGAGAUACGCCUGCAACCCUAAAUGGAAGACGACACCAUGUCCCAGAACCCUCUCCAACACUCUCUAGAAGUAGGAUACGAAAAUUUUCUCUUCAUUUUAUGCCAAAAAUAAAUGAAUAACUCAAAGAUUACUCUCCCUUGACUCUUCUAGAUUCCUAUUAAUCAAAUAUAUUCCAUGUAGCGCUGAUUCUUCCUUCUUGUCUGAAAGAUUCGCAAUCAUUUUCUUGAAGAGCUUUUAGGUUGGAAAUAAGUGGGUUGGUUCUGGAAAAACUCUUCUUAAACUCUACAAAUUGUGAAAUUGAUCAUGAUUUCUUCACUGUUUUCCAGCACAAUGCCAUUAUUUCCAUUCAAUGUAAGAUCGCAAAACCAAUCUUUAUGCACAUUGAAAUCCAGUAUUCUCUGUUCUCAGCAGCAGAAUCUGAAUCCCAAGAACAUUAUAAACAAUUUCGGAAGGCCCAAAUUUCAGCUGAUAAAUCCAGUUAUCUCUAUCCCAUCCCAUGAGCGAUUAAAUCAGAGCAAGGAUAAACCCAAGAAAGAUCAAAACAAUGAAUUUUUUAAGGCGAUUAAUCAACAACUGAUGGUUUUGUGUGGGUUUGGGUACUAUGUCAAUGGUUUCAGAUGCUUUCCUUGGUUGGCACUUAAUUACCACAUGGCCCACAAUCUUAAUAUGCAACCAUCAACAUUGCAGCUUGUGCAGAACUCUGGUAAUUUGCCUAUGGUGGCCAAACCUUUAUAUGGGAUCUUGUCUGAUGCUCUUUAUAUUGGUGGUGCUCAUAGGAUCCCCUAUGUUUCCAUGGGAGCCUUCUUGCAGAUUUUGUCUUGGGGAUCAUUGGCCCUGAUCCCGGUUGUAAGUGAAGCUCUUCCGGCUCUCAUGGCAUGUGUUCUUGUUACUAAUCUCGGAGCAUCGAUUUCAGAAGUUGCGAAAGAUGCACUUGUUGCAGAGUAUGGCCAAAAAAAGAAGAUGCCGGGACUCCAAUCUUAUGCAUUUAUGGCCUCGGCAUUGGGUGGAGUUCUAGGAAAUUUACUAGGUGGGUUUUUCUUAUUGAAAACCCAACAAACAAAAUCCAUGUUCCUGGCCUUUGCAGCUUUACUUGCCCUUCAACUCACAAUCUCUUUAAACACGAGAGAAAAAUCCCUAGGUUUAAUCCAACCUUCAAAUCGUUCUCUUGCAAGGGAAUCUAUUUCACAAAGUAUCAUGAAAUCCUGCUCGGAUCUUAUGAUGGCAGUUAAAGAAGAGAGAAUCUUGCGGCCUCUUAUUUGGGUUGUUUCUUCUAUUGUGAUGAUUCCAAUCCUAUCGGGUUCCAUCUUUUGCUAUCAAACUCAGUGUUUAAAUCUUGAUCCAUCAAUUAUUGGAAUGUCACGGGUGACAGGACAAUUGAUGCUUCUUUCAUUGACUUUACUUUAUAAUCGGCUCGGGAAAAGUAUUCCCUUGAGAAAAUUGAUCGGAAUUGUGCAGUUGAUAUAUGCAUCUUCUCUGCUUCUUGAUCUGGUACUUGUUAAGAAAAUCAACGUUCAAUUAGGAAUUCCGAAUGAAGUAUUUGCUCUCUGCUUUUCAGGCUUGGCUGAAACUAUUGCACAAUUCAAGCUCUUGCCGUUCCUUGUGUUUUUUGCAGAUUUAGCUCCACCGGGUUGUGAAGGAUCUCUAAUGUCUUUCUUAGCAUCUGCCUUGUGUUUGUCAUCUAUAAUUAGUGGAUUUUUUGGGGUUGGGUUGGCUUCUCUUCUUGGUAUCACCUAUGGUGAUUACUCUAGUCUUCCUCGAGGUAUUAUGAUACAGUUUUUUGCUGCUUUACUGCCACUUUGUUGGAUUGGUUACGUGCCAAUGUCUCAUCCUGCAGCUGAAAAGGCUAGGAAGAGAGGUAGAAGUAAAAGGAGUCGAAGAAAUAGAAGGAUCGGUAAAGUGGUGUUUGAUUCGAUAUACUCUUAUAGACGGAAAAGAGAAUCUGAUUUGAAGAUUUGAGAAUCUUCUUCUGAAAAUACAAGUGCCAUAUAAUGUUUAUUGGUGAAACAAAGGAAGAAUGAGAUUGUACAGAACUCCUAUGUCAAUUCUCGGCACUGCAGUUCUUUGCAUGCUGUGAAGGUGAAAUGGGACUUUGGUGCUGGUGUCUUGCGUCCUUUCACAAAAGGAAUUACGCUUGCAUCAAAUUAAGUCAGACCUUUUGGAUUACAUUUUUGGAAAGAGUAAUGCUAUUUAUACCCAUUGGAGUUGAUCACCUUCUGACGUGGCAUUAAAUGAUAAGGCCACUUCAUAUACAUAUGUAAAGACGCCACAUAGCCUUGGUGAUCAACUACCAGAGUUGAUUGUCAAAUUCUGCUCAAUAUGAAGCAUCUUGAUAGUUCUCUAUGCUUCCUGGCUUUCUUCUCAGAAGGGUCCAUUUCACCAAUUUCACAAGAUCCAUUGCAUGCUGAACGUGGAACUUCAUUGAUACUGAAAGUAAGCUCACUCCUUGUAGGCUCCUAGACAGAUUCUUUUAUGGGCACUACAUCAUGUUUUAUUCCUUUAUUUCCCUGGUCGAGGUUGGUUUAGGUUGCUGAGUGGCCAUGAGGCGUCGUACAUGAUCAUCUUCAUUCAUGAUUUUAAAGUAACAUUUGCCAAAAAUUCAGUUUUAGAUAGCUGUCUGUGUACUAAGAUCAUGUGGAUGAAGUCAUGAAUCUAUAAUUGUCUAGACCUCCGUACAAUUGUUUUGUCGUAAUGUGAAUACAGUAAAAGAAGCAGGACAAUGCUCUUGAAGAAUAAGGAUUUUGCUGGUAGUAGUUGUUUCAACCAUGUAAUA